CAGGAGCAGGGGGGAUGAACCGCGAGGAGGCCCCAGGGAAGUCUCCUGAAGACAUGUAUAUCCAACAGAAAGUGCGGGUCCUUCUCAUGCUAAAGAAAAUGGGAUCAAAUCUCACGCCGAGUGAAGAGGCUUUUCUCCGGAAUUACGCAGGUGUGGUCCACAGUCAGAUGAGCCAGCUACCACAGCACAACAUAGACCAGGGUGCAGAGGACGUAGUGAUGGCGUUCUCACGGUCAGAGACGGAGGAUCGGCGGCAGUGACCCUGGGCCCCCCCCCACCCCAUUCAGCCCCACCGCAUCAUGCCCCGCCCCCGUUCCUCCCCGCACGUGGUCCACGACAAGCCAAACUCCACAAACACGACGCUGACGAGCUCAGGAGAGGAGGGGCGUGAGGCGGGGACAGAAGAGGAAAGGGAAGAGACCCCAUCACACCCCACUCCCCCCAACAGGAGGCCGCCGCCACCGAUGCCGCCGCCUCGCUCUCCCCCCGACCUUCUCCCUCCCCUACGCCUCCUCUUACACGCCGGCACACCAAUAACCUGAGAUGCACUCAAGUGGGUCACUGUGGGUUCAAACCUUGGCAACAAGGUGGAAACACUCAUGAAUAGUGUGGAUGAAUUAUCAAUUUAGUGUUUUGUUUUUAUUUUUAUUUAGUCAGGGGGUUGGCUUUGUUUUGUUUUGGUCUGUGUUCAGAUUUUAGACAGUGUUACGUGUUCAAUCUGCUCUGGUCGCCGAAAAAAAACAAAAACAGACCAGGAGCAGCUGUUAAAAGCAAUGAGAGAUAUAGUUUGGUCAAGCAGUGAGCGUGAUGAUCGAUAGUGUUAGGGGAGAGAUUUUAUUAUUUCUGCUUUCCCUAAUGGAGCUUAAUUUGUUUUUUUUUAGCUGUUUUGUUAUUAAGGCUUUUGUAUUCUGUCACAUCAGGGGCCUCAUUUAUAAACAUUUUGCUCGGGAAGAUGUAAAAUGAAGAGAAUCAGUGCAUUUACGUCACUGUCUUCAAGGAAAAUCAAACACGAAACAAACAGUACAUAGAAGUUAUGUCUUAGCUCGCAGAUAAAAGUAGAUUUUUUAUCCAGAACAUGCUGUAUCUAAUGUCUAAUUUGCUUUUCUAAUAAUGAGUUUUUAACUGAUUUCACUCUGAGACAUUGAGUGUCUGUCAUUUAACACAGAAAACGGUUAAAAUCUCUAACACCUGAAUUAAACUUCGCACAUUUCUUUGCCGAUUUGUGACACAGACAUCUCUACAUGGACAAAUUCCAACCUGACAGGCUGACGGAUGUGUAUGUAAACUCUCACAGCCUGUCAUUAAUCAUUCAUGUUUAAUUACGGGUUCAACAGGGAAUAAUAACUUGACUCAUAAUGCAAUCAAUGCCAUUCUCUCAACAGGAACCCGCUGAGGUGAGGGGCGGUUCUGUUAUAUUUACAGUUUUUCUGUGUCGAACCCACGUGGAAUGGGUGCAGUGGUUUUAUAAAUGAGGCCUCUUGUUCUUCUGCUGCUUUAUUUUGAGGCUGUUGAGUGCAACGACGCUUUUCUCACGAGGGAAGCACAAGAAUUAAAAACACUAGCAGACACAAAUCACAGACAACACGAAACACAGGUAUACACACCGUCAUUGUGACAUAUUAAACCUUUUUAACUGUACAGAUAGUUGGAAAAAUACAAUAAUGAAUCGAUUGUGCCAAUUGUAUUUUUUUUUUUUUUUUUUUUGUUAUUUCAUAUCUGUAAGAUAAAAUACACAAAAUGGUUAAGAAAACUGAAGAGAUGAGCUGUUGUAAUUUAUUGUUUACUGAAUCCACCUACUCCCUGCUCCUCAAACGUAUCAUUAAAGACAAACAACACGUAGAUAGUAGAAGUCGGACACGAGUAAACAUUAUCAGCGAUGGCUUCGUUCACACUAAAAUCACAUAAACUCUAACUUUUAACUACCUGUCACUAAACAUGAAGCCAAACAUUAGAACUGUGUGCUAUUCCUGACUGUACUGUAUCUCUUGCACUAUUAUCAGUGGGAUAUUUGCAAAAUAUACAUUUUGAUAAUUAGCACAGAGAUUCUAUGUUUGAUUCAGUUGAGGAAAAAAAACCUUUUUAAGGGGAAACCAUAUUUUUACUCCUGUAAUUUAAAAAAUAUAUCUUCUGUGUUAAUUGACUCAACUGGAAUAGCUCAGAUGAAUAUUUGUUAACAAGCAACAUGUUUUUUCUAGUGACAUGCUCAAUAUUAAAUGUGUUUUAAGUACCGUUUGUUAACUUGUAUAACUUAAAAUAAUUGUAACGUAAUGUUUUAAAGCCAAGCAUGUCUGCCUCGUGGUUUUUAACGUUCAUUCAAGUGGAGCCGAGGAUCUUUAAGGCCUCGACCUCUGUUUGUACAUUCUUGACGUUUGUGGAAGCUACUAUCUCUUUGACGAUGUUUCCAGGGGGUGAAAAUCCUUUUGUAUGGGUAAGCGUUAUCCAUUCUAUUCUGUUGGCAAUAACUCUUAUCUGAAUGUCCUCAGCAAUCAUGGCAAUGUAACCAGCCAACAGGUCCACCACGCUGUCCGCCUUCUGACAAAGACAUUUGUCUUUUUAUGUUUACUUUUGUUUUAAAACAUUCUUUAUUUGUCUAUGCAUUGUUUUUUGUUCCUCUAAAGGCGUCUUACUGUAUAUUUUACCUGUCAGGGUCGUCCAACGGCCUCUGUUCACUUUGUGUGUGAGUGAAGUGUGUGGAUGUGAGUGUGUGCGUAUGUGAUCAUCAUUGAACUUGCUAGCAGUUUUGAUUUUCAGCAUGCUGUUGAGUUUGACUAGGAUUGUGUAUCUUUUUACUGUGAUGACCCAACGUUGCCUAAUUGUCUUUUUUUUUUUUUUUUGGGAGGGGGGUUCUGUGUUGCCUUUGUAUUUUAUUUUCCUCCAAGUUGAAUUAGUUGGUUUUGUUUCGUACGGCUGCUGACCAUGUCUUGACUUAAUGCUUCCAAAUCCUAUACCAACUGAACCAUUAAAGACAUUUUAAACAGUGAA